UAUAAAGUAUCUAUCUGCAUGUAAGAAACCUCCUCAAAUUAUUCAAUGUGUGAGUGAGCUGUGUGAAUGAAUCAAACUGAAUCAAGAACAAUUUCAGACCUUUUUAAAAACCAGUAUAUGGUAAUCUCGACAGACAAGGAUUUACAGUAAUAUUUUACAGGGACACAGCGAUACUUCACUGGGGUUUGUGUCUGAGUAAAAAGGCUGCACUGUACCAUAAUAGCACUACAAUAUUUAAACAGUCCUUUGCUUACGACUCCCCCCUUGUUGAUGAACAAUAAAAUUGUCCUGUAUCAAUCUCAGUUUCAGUGUACGUCUGCUAACAAUGGAUGGUUCUCUGGUAAACUCUGCAAUACCGCUGGUGUCACAAACGGUGGUUUCUCCCGUUACUCAAACCUCCAGCAACUUGAGUAGGAGACCUCGAGACAAACGGAAGACUCCUGCGUUUCUGUCAAACUUGGGCAAGUCUACGUUAAGAGGCAUCCGCAAGUGCCCUCAGUGUGGCGUUUACAACGGCACUCGUGGCCUCAGCUGUAAGAACAAGGCCUGUGGAACCAUCUUCAGGGAUGGGGACCAUGGGACUGGACGUUUGAAAAAAGGGGCAUGUGAAGUGGUUCAAGUUGUAACAGAUAGUGGAGGUGGCAGGGCCGGAGGGCCGCAAGUGUUCUCUGUGCGUCAGCGGGGACGUGGCUCUGAACAACAAGGCUUUGUUGAGUUAGUCCUCACGGAUACAGCUAUUACUACCGCAGACGGAACCCUGCUGACCCGUGUCAACCUCGGUCGCUGUUACAUGCCCUCUUGCCAGCAGAACGAAAGCGAGUCAACAGUUGAAGGUGGCCAUCAGCAACAAGUAACACAACCACCCAAAAGUCCCUGUACCCAUGUGAAGCAAGCUAUGGAGUGUCAGACCCAAGCGACACCUCUGCCACUCAAGAGCUCUGUGCAGGAGGCCCUGGUGGCCACUUCCCAGGCCAAAGAAGAGUUGUGGAGGCUGGCUACAGAGACACAGGGACCUCUAGUGCAGAGGGCUUCUAAAGGGACCCUAAUAGUGAAGUGCCAACCAGGUGAAGCCCACCCUCUGGGACUGCUGCAUCUGAUGGUGGGCUUAUCUGGUGUUAAAGACAAGACUGUGGGUGCGGCUCCUUUUCAAUGUGCAUGUUAUGUACCUAAUACCAAGGGGGAUUUGGGGGCGAGAAGUGGGGGUCAGUCUAAUAUCAACGAUGGAGAAAAUUCCCACCAGCAUAAUUUACAUGAGCACUGCCUCCAUUUCUAUGCUUGCGUUUGUGCCUUCACAAGUGAUGAGAAGCUGGCCUCUGAGUUUUCAGCUUUCCUCAACUACAACAUGAAUGGACUGCAGGAGAGGGCAGAUGCCACAACGCUCAGUAUACCUGAGGCUCAGCAGCACAUUGAGCCUUCCAUCUCUCAUCGUCCCAAGAGACUCAAAUUUGUGGAGUCCUCUACUGGAAAGCCAGAGCCGCUGGUGUUCCACAUCUCACAGGCUUUCUUCAACGCCUUACAGCAGCGUUUAUCAUUGGGCUCAAAGAAGAGAAGACUACCCAACUACACCACCACUUUUGUGCGUAAUGACGCUUUGCCUCUGGGCUCUUUCUCUAAAUACACCUGGCACAUUACCAACUUGAUGCAUGUGAAACGCAUCUUUGAUACCCCAGAGUUACCUUUUGAACUCACUCAGAGUUUUGUGAAGAACAGUGACGGCUCCUAUUCACCGUACCGCUUUCGGGAAACCCCUCCUGAUCCUGCAUCAGACACCUGCCACCAUUCACGCACCAAUAAGCCUCUGGCCAUCAGACCACUGGAGCUACGUACCUUCCUCAGAGUGGGUUUAUAA